AUGUUUGAAUUGACAAAAAAGAAGACAGACGUGUUACGGAAAGCAGGUUACACCGUGAAAGAAGAGUGGGAAUGUAACUUCAAGCGAAAACUUGCAGUUGAUCCAGAGUUACAAGACAUGAUCAAAGAUUUGGAAUGGACGGCGCCAUUAAACCCAAAAGAAGCCUUGUUUGGAGGCCGUACUGGAUUAAGCUGUUGUUAUCACAAAACAGUCCAUGGAGAAAGAAUUGACUAUGUGGAUUACACGUCAUUGUACCCGUGGGUCAACAAAUAUGGAACGUACCCACUAGGACACCCGACCAUCAUGAAAAAUCCAGUGGAUCAAGACAUUCAAAGUUACUUCGGCGUAGCAAAAGUCGACAUUAUUGCCCCUGAAGGAUUGUUUCACCCGGUGUUACCCAUGAAAAUCGGUGAAAAGUGUAUGUUUACUCUGUGUGCUACCUGUGCCCAAGAACAGUUGGAACAACCAUGGUACCAAAGAAGUAAUCUUUGCAAACAUUGGUGUACACAGGAACUGAAAAUGGCUGUAUGCAGAGGUUACAGAUUAAUGAGAAUCCAUGAAGUUUGGCACUUGCCUGAGAACCAGAGAAAGGAAGGAUUGUUUGCUCCCUACGUCAACAAAUUUUUGAAAGCCAAACAGGAAAGCAGCGGGUGGCCCUCUGAUUGUAUCACUGACGAACAAAAAGCCAAGUACGUGAGGGAGUAUGAAAAAUAUGAGGGGAUUUUACUGGACAAAGACAAGAUUGAGGUCAAUCCAGGCCGGAAAGCAGUGGCUAAAGUUAUGGUGAAUAGCUUCUGGGGUAAAUUUGGCGAAGCAGAUAAAAAGCCCACAACCAGUACUUUGCAAAAAGUAGAAGAUUGGGAAAAACUGAUCAAUGAUGAUACUGUGAUUGUCAAAAACGUGAAUGUUUACAGUGAAGAUGUCAUGGAAGUCACUACAGUCAAAAAAGAAGGCGCAUGGGCUCCUAAUACAAGGGGUAAUAUUUUUAUUGCCCUGUUCACCACAGCCAUAGCUAGACUCAAGCUGUAUGAAGCCUUGGAUGUAUUGCAACAAAGAGUCCUGUAUUACGAUACAGACUCUGUCAUCUAUAAGAGCAAACCUGACGAUGAGAAAUUACCACUGGGGAAAUUUUUGGGACAAUUCACUGAUGAGAUCGGCGGGGAUUUCAUUGAUGAAUUUGGUUCAGCAGGACCGAAAUCCUGCAGCUAUAGGACAAAUGCGAACAAGACAGAAUGCAAAAGCAAAGGACUUAAAAACACUCACGCAGUCAGAGAAGUCUUAAACUGUGAGUCAAUGUUGAAUCACAUUCAGUUGGAGCUGAAAGACCCUGAAGAAAGCAAACGACAGCUAAAAACGACGGUUUUUAAUCAUUUUGUCAGGAAUAGUAAAGUCAAAAGUAUUCAUUUGGAGGACAUGGUGAAGAUCUUUCAAGUGAAUUGGGACAAGCGAGUCGUUGACAGGACAACGGGGAUGACUUACCCUUAUGGCUAUGUUAGAUUGUAA